GGCCUUCGGGGUUUUCAAAAGGAAUGAUCACUUGGAGCUACUUGUGACGUAUUCUGUCGCGGAGUUUGACAUGCUAUCCAAGAAGAGCCACACUAGAGAGAAGAAGUCAACGUUAAAUUACAGCUUGGCGGUGAAGCAGACGGAUAAAUGUCUUCUCCUGGUCAAGAAGAAGAGGAUGAGGUGGACGAAGUGGAAUUUGUGUCUGAGGGCCCACUAAGGCCAGUGAUGCAGUGUGUCGAUCUGCUGAGCGAUAGUGACGAAGAAGGCUGUUCUUCAUCGAUACAAACGAUCGAUGAUAAAAUCAACCGGCAAAAAGCGCACGUGGCAUCUACUCUGGACAGGCUGGCGCAGCAGGUGGCCCUGGAGAAACGGGAAAGAGCGGACAAAUGUAGAGCCUUCAAGGAAAAACAGAUACAGCAAAGAGUUCACGGACAGCAGGAGCUAAUGUGUCGAUCAACAAAUACAACGAAUCAAGAGGCAAAGCGCUGUGUGGAUGCGUGGCUAAAGAUGCCUGGCCUCCAGCCUGGAGUGAUCAAUUCCGGAUUUGAAAGACGCAGACGUGCACGGUCUGCUUUUCCUAUAAACCCUUCAAGAAAACACACAUGUCCAGUUAUUAACUGUGGGCGAGUUUUUGACAACGUGUCUCUACUUGACGGUCAUCUAAAAAGGUUUGACCACUCGCCUUGUGAUCCCACACUCGGUCUUAAAGGAAAUCCCGCCAUGUUUUUUGCCUGUGUGGUCUGUUGUUGUUACUUUCCGAACAAGGAGGAGUGGAGGUCACAUGUCCAAUCAAAGGCAUCCUCCACUAAUCCUGAGGGUCACUGCGUGUCCCAGAACUGUCAGCGCAUUGUUUGCUUUGCCUGUCCAGCCUGCUACGUCCUCUUCAACCUGCGAGACGAGUGUCUUCAACACAUGUCGUCCAAAAACCACUUUAAAGAGUCGCUUGUGAUGAGUGACACUAGUCAAGGAGCUGCGCCAAUACCGGUGCCACAACACGCUAAGCAUCGCCUCAUCUCUCUGUGCAAGGAAACCUCGUUCACUGUCCAAUGCAGUCUGUGUCACAAAGUGCUGAGUUCACAUCAGGCAGCGCAAGCUCACUUUAAUGUGCACUGCCGACAGGGCUCUGCAGUGGCCAAGGCUGAUAAAACAGUGGUGCAGUUAAUGAAACAGCUGCAAGUGCGAGGCCAGUGCUCCCUCUGCUGUUUGAUCUUCCUGAGCCAAGCGGAAGUGGAAAGGCACAGAGAAGCAACCCAACAUGAUGUAGAUAUCAACAAGACCAUGGAGCGAGCUCUUCUCCAGUAUUGCAGGUUUAGUGAAAAUCAACAUAGGACUGACCGUGAGGAGAAAAGGUCUGUCACGAGCACGCCCAAUCAAAAAAGAAACAAGAACAACAUCAACCAUGAAGACUUUCCGGCCAAACGACAGAAGUUAGGAAGCACUAUGACCGCGUGGUUCUGUGAAUGUGGCCUGAGGUUCUCAGAGGAAGUCACCGCCAGUAAUCACAUCUUGGCUGCCAAUCAAAUCUUCUAUCAGUGCGCCGUGUGUGGCAAACACAUGGGAGAAUCUUCAAUCACCCGCCUGCACAUGAGCCGCUUUCACGGAGGAGCUCACCUCUCCAACUUCUGCUUCUACUGCCGCAAGUGCAAGGUGGAAAUGCCUCGCCUGGAAGACAUCAUGUCGCACGUGUCAGACACGCACCGAGAACACACCUUCUUCACUGAACAGGAAGUGCCCGCGGAAGCCAAGGCCAAGCUGUCCGCCAGCAAAAUGGGCCCAUGCUCUUCUUCCGCGCUCCCGCCCGUCCCGUCUUCAUCCAAACCGGCGCCGACUUGGAUGUGCAGGAUGUGUGAGGACGUCUUUGACUCCGAAGCCGCCGUCCACGAGCACUGCAGCGACUUGAGCAGCCACAGCUUCCAGAGGUUCGCCUGCGGCCACUGCCCCCAGAAGUUCUUCAAGGAGUCCACCGUGCGGCGGCAUUGCGCCAACGAGCACAACGGGCAGAUAAAGAGCGCCCACUUCUGCGGCCUAUGCGACAGCAUGUCGUUUAAGUCCGAAGGCGAGUUCCUGCAGCACUACGAGAGCCUCCAUAGUAGAGACUACUACUGCAUGGACGAAGGCGUUGAACCUGCUGCAGCUGCUGAGAGCGUCUCGCCGGCGGACUCAUGUCCAUGCAUGGUCUCAGAGAAGACCAAAACUACGAUGAAAACCACAUACAAACGCUGCAUGAUGAGUCUCGCCUCUGAAGGCCACUGCCGAUACGUGUGUGCCCCGUGUGCGAUAACUGCAUCCUCCUACGCUCAGAUCAAGACUCACGUCCACACCACACACGCCGCCUUGAAGCUGGACAAAACCUUUGAAGUAGAAUGCAGGACGUGCAGGGAACGCUUUGCAGAUAUUCCGAGUUUCCAUAACCACCAUCACUCCCAGCACUGUGCGCUGGAACCGUGCGUGAGCUCUAGAAGCUGCGCGAAGAACGUGAAAGUAGUGAAUGCUGUGGAGGUCAAAGAACAGCUGAAUGAGAUUGAAGAUGAGAAGCUGCAAAGGUUUUUGAAAAUGGAGCAGAAUGAGAGAGAUGUGGAUCAAAGUAAGCAACUAAACCAGCAGGGCUCUGGCACAGCAGAUGAUGAUGAUGACGAUAACGAUGAGGUGAAACAAGCACUAGCUAUGAGUGUAAUAGAAGAACAGCAGGAGUCAGCAGAGUUUGCGGAGGCUCUUAAAAGAAGCCUUGUGGACUACUGAGGAGAAGACCUUUUGACAGUGAUCAUAAGGUUUUGCACUUCUUACUGAAAUAUGUAUAUCAAAGGCUAUUCCACUGAUAAUAAUAUAGAACACCACAGGUCAAAUAUGAGCAGUUUGCUUAUUUCUGAGUUGUUGUUUGGGCCAUUGCUUCGUCGAGGGAAUGCUGGUGAGCCAAGACGUGCUAUAGAUGGUGUUGAUGACGCUGCAAGAUGCCACAGUCCGCUCACAUAGCCUCGCUUGUAACGCAACACUGCUAACUAGCUUGUGGAUUUCCCCUCAGUUUUCAUUGCAACACUCCAAAGUCAGUUGCCUGACACCUCAAGGAGUGCGACGCCUGGCGACUGAGUCUUGUUUAACUGUCCAGUAUUGACAAUGAAGUGUUGUUUAUUUGUGAAUGGAAAUUUAUUAAAAGCCUAAUCAAAAA